GCAUCGUAACGUAGUUGCAAUUAACGAACUACAACUACAUCAACAGGACAUAGAAACUAAUUAAUCAUCGAAACUACGAUCCACUUUUUCUCGCUUUCAAAGACGACCCCUUUUUUAGUGUUUUAUAACGUUUACGAAGUGAAAUGUCGGAGUCGUCCCCCCCCUCCUCCUCCCCUCGCCAGGUGCGCGUGGUCGCGUCCUGUUUACUCCCCUCCCUGCGAGAAACCAUUACACGGCAGCGCUCGAGUUUGUCUCGAGUUAACUUCUUAAACGAGACAAUUCGACUGCGUUCGAAGUCGUCGUCAAGGAGUUGGAAGAGAAGGAGGGAGGCGAGAAGGGAACAAGAAGAAGAGCCCCUUGCCGAGAGGGCGCGAUGUGGCUGCGCGUGUGGAUUGUGUGCGGCCUUGCAGCAAGCGUAGGAGGCAUGCAAGUGAGGGUGAAGAAUCCAUGGAACGUGGCCAUGCUGUUUCAGUACGUGACUCUGCGCUGCGAAUACACGACGUCUGUGCCCAACGAGGAGCCCAUCGUCAUGUGGAAGUACAAAUCCUACUGCCGGGACCGCGUCUCCGAUUCCCUCAACCCGUCCAGUGGCAGCGUCAGCAUUAACAACCAGGUGCAGCAGGCAAACCCGAACUACAACCCGUACACGGACUGCCCGGACGCCCAGCGCGUCAUUCGUACCGUGGCCACAAAGCGUGGCAACACGGUGACUCUAGGAAAUGACUACCAAGCGCGGCGCAUCACCAUCAUCAACCAGGCGGAGCUGGAGAUCCAAAUGACCCAAUGGGGAGACAGUGGCGUCUACUACUGCCAGGUUAUUUCUACUGCUGAUCUAUCAGGAAACAACGAAGCAUAUGGAGAACUCCUCGUUCUGAGCAGAACCUCAAACAGGACAGAGCUCCUGCCUGGGUUUGACUUGCCCGGCCUCUCAGACUGGCUGUUCGUGGUGCUCAUCGUGAUGGGCGGAGUGCUGCUGCUCAUUCUUAUCGGCGUCUGCUGGUGCCAGUGCUGCCCUCACACCUGCUGCUGCUACUUGUCGUGUGUGUGCUGCCCCGAGCGCUGCUGCUGCCCCCGCGCAUUGUAUGAAGCUGGCAAGGCGGCCACGGGCUCGUAUGCCGGCUCAACUCGAGCUCCGAGUGUCUUCUCCCGCUUUUCCACCCGGUACGCGCGUGGGCACUCGCCCGCCCCACGGGGUUACCCCCUCCACGAAGACUACCACGACAACGCCAGCUCGGUGGGUCAUUCUUCCAACGCGCCGCUGCUUCACCGUCAGCAGGUCGAUUUGAACUCCUCCUCUGGCCGGGCUGCUUAUCGGAUACAGGCCGAGCCGUCCGGUAAUGGACACGCCCUCUACCGUGUGGAGACCGAACUCCAGGCCUUCAAUCCCAGCCACCACGACCCCCUUGAGACGAUGGCUGGGAUGACGGAGCUGUCGUCGCUGCACGAUGACGAUCGCGGCGACCUGCGGGAUGCGCUGCGACGGGCGAGGGAGCGAGCGCUGUCUCCCGUGCGCGACAUCGAUUCGUCUGCCCCUUCGUCGCACCGUGGCGGCCCCGGUCCCCGCGAUGGCGAGGCCCGCCGGCGAGCUCACUCGGUGGACGACCUCGACGAUGUGGGCUUCGCAGGGCCAGCUCACAGGCCUCGCGAUUACUCUCCAGAGCGCCGGGAUGACUACUACUACUACCAGGGCAAGCAUAAGAGCCGUAGCCGCGACGACUUGAGGAACACGGACUGGGACCCCCGUGGAGACCCAAACCCCCGGAGGGACCCCCGAGGAGACUCGUAUCCACGUGGGGACCCCCGAGGAGACCCCCGUGGGGACCCCCGUGGAGACCCCCGAGGGGACCCCCGUGGAGACCCCCGAGGGGACCCCCGAGGGGACCCACGUGGAGACUCGUUCCCCCGUGGGGACCCCCGAGGGGACUCCUACCCCCGCUCGAACAACUCACGUGCCAAUAACUACAACAAUGAGCGGCGGGACGACGGUUACCGCGGUGAUGACCUCCGCGACGAGCGGGGAUUGCGCGAGGCUGUUAUGCCGCCCCCCCCCAAGUACUCGGAUGUGCCUUCCGAGGGUCGCUAUGACGACCGCAUCCUGAACUCUGCCCUCGGAGAGAAGCGGUCUCGGAGCCGCGAGGACCUGGCGGCGCCCGACGUGCGUGGAAGUGGUGGCGGUGGCAGCAGUAGUGGGGGAGGAGCCGGCCCUCCCAGCUACCGCUCCGAUGAGGCUGGCAGCGGCCUUAGCGCUGCCUACGGGAAGAACAUCAACCGAGACAAGGAUUCCGACAACAAACGCAAGAAGAAUAACAUCUUGAGCCGGGAGAGUUUACGUGUAUAAAACCACUCGACCCCCGGCCUCCACUGACGAAUACAUCAGCACCCUAGCGCUGCGGCGUACGCGCCAAGUCGGUAUACACAAGAAUGCACGCCCAACGCGGCACGUCCAUGAGCACCCCUCAUGCCACAUUGCAUCUGCCGCCAGCUCCUGAGGAUUUGCUCCUUUGCAACACACAACGGUGUGUCGAUAUAGACUCUCACCAAAAACGUACGAAGGCAACAGAUCCCCCCCCCCCCCCCGCUCCCAUAUAGCCUUAACUCACCGUUGGGGCGAGUGCUGUCUGCGAAACAGCCCUGAAUGAAUGCCUGAACGGUACGCAUGGGGGUGGGUGGCCAGCACCACGCCCCCCGAUCUCCUUUGCCUGCCCCGGUAGCGAUGUUUACACACCGCACCAGGUACUCAUAUGAGGCUGAGUCGACCAAAACAUACCAGUCUGGUACACACACACACACAUAGCUUCACACAGUGGUACCUGUUGCUUGGCCUUGUGCACAGCAAAGCUUGCUGUGUGUACACAAACACACACUUUUAUAUAUAGAAAAAACACGUUUUUUUCAUAAUGUUUGUUUAAGAGUAAAUGUGUGCUGUAAUUAUGGAUGGGUGUAAUGGGAAACAUAGUUGGGAGUACAGUGGGGCCUCUAGUGCUCUUGAUUUGCCUGGGUAUUUGUAAGGAGGACUUUUUAUGACAUUUAAGGGAAUUGCCUUGUCUGAGCCAGCUCCGAAUAUCACCAAUUGUGCACGUAGCAGUAGCAGUUCUGUCAGGGUACAAGAGGUGAAGGUGUUUAGUCACCUAUUACGCCCCGUCACGUCAAGUCGACAGCCAAACGAGCAACAAUAAAGCCAAACGUGAACCCGGUGUCUCCUCUCUGCUCAUAAUGACACCCUCUGUGACCCGCAACAAGUGGUGGUGGAAACUCGACAUCGCGAGGGUGGCGACCAGUUUCUCCUCGUGGAAGUGGUACUCAUUUAUACACCCUCGCAGGAUAAUUGGUUACAUUGACCCCCCUGCCAGGAUUUGAUUAUGCGGUUAGUCGAAUGCUUCGUGAACAGUACAUGCCACGCGGACAAACAAACGAUACGCGAGAUGUAAUCUGCAUGGCAUAGGACAAGCCCGUGCAAUGACUUGCUUAGAUCCAAGACGAAGCGUUGCAUUAAUUUAUUUACUAAAAAUUUGAUUGUGUACGUUGCACUUAGACCGCACCGUACGUAGCCAACCGUGCUAAUCGUAGGAGUGGGGAAGGAUGAUGAACUUAACGCAAAAAAGCAUUCUAAAGAAAUGAGUUUUCAACCGAGAUUUCAAAGUUCGACAGCUCCACUGGCUUCCUAAUAUCGGAGGGAAGAGCGUUUCAGACGGCCGCAGAAGCACAUCUGAAAACGCGUGAUGCAGUGACCGUGUUUGUUCGAUGGCCAGCGUAUCAAGUGUCAACCCGACAAGAAAACACGGCAAGAUCUGUCUGAACAAUUUUCGUGAGACUCGUGGCUUUCCUGGGUAAACAAGCAUAGAAAUGUCAGCCAUAAAUUUCACAACGGUAUGCAGGUGACACCUUUAAGAUGGCCAAUAUGUGCUUCUACGUGGUGCCAAAUUAUCUUACGGAGCUUUUAUAUAAUGUCUUUAUAAAAGUGCUGUGCACUAUUAUGGUGGUUUGUAUGAUGGUAGGCAUGUUCAAACCAAUUUGCGCAAUGUGGACCGUUUAAUGCCUGGAGCCACCCACAAUCGCCGUUGCCUUCUGCUGCAUCAGUUACAUCUGCAGCAAGACGAUUUCGUGGCAAAGACCCCAAGAAAUUGAUCGCUACCCACAAUUCCAUUUUAAAACAAAUGCCUUGUAUGCCGAUCUCCCUGACGAGACGUACGUCACCAGACUCUUGUAGAAACUAGUUUUGAUGACUAAAAUACAGUGCAUUUUUCGCCUUGCUUUGGACUGAAAAAAAAUUAGACUCAAUCCUGACGAAGAGGAGCAUUGGUGAACAAAGUCUCAAUGCUGUCGGGAUCAUUGGCGGUUCGCUUGGUGCCAAAGGUUCCACUGCCGCUCUGCAACGGGCGGCACAUUGUCUCACUUUGGUUUUUAAUUGUGCGUUUUAAUCCGGGUUUUUGGUGAAAAGUAAUCGAGAGUUCGACGUUUUUCUCGGGCGCGUUCGCGUGUGAACGUGCAGUGUAAUUUCAUUUGCGUGUUUUGCGUUGUCCCGCGUUCGCUUGCGUGGGAGUCCAUGCAUUUGUAUGUCCGUGUGUUCGUGCGUUAACCCUCCCAAAAGUUACCCAUCUCGUGAAUAGUGCAUUAUUAAACAAAUUGUUUUACACUGAAUUCAUCCUAAACCUGUUUUUUUUUAUUCAUGGCAUACUUGUAAAUGUUCAAAAUUUUCUAUAAAUUUGCUUGUUGAAGGUGUCGGUGUUUGUUUGGGCUUGAAUGCGGAGCGGCAGUGUAGUAAUUAGUCCGCUGCAUUGCGAACCCAUUGAGCCGAGUUGGAUUCCCACUCACGACCUAUAUCAGUGGGGUGAAUAUCAAUCGGAGCUGUGCCUCCCUUAGCUCGACUCGGACAUGAAUGCAUACCUGGUCCCGUGUGUAAGCAUCGGCACUGGCGAGGCAAAGGCUGCCGAGCAUGGUGUUGGCAACCCCCUCGUGUGCUAUGCCGACCUUCAUAGGUGCUCGCUCACAGAACUUGCCCCAAAUUGUCUGUUAAAAGGCUUUACGGGGGGGGGGGGGUCUUUGGGCAGGUCUGGCGAAGGCCGUGUCGUUGCCACGCAAGGUUAUUGUGGCUUCGUGUGGGGGCCCGUCAGUCAGUCGGCUUUUCUUUCACGCUGCUCUUUUUGCCGCACGGUGGGAACAACGUGGGAGCUGGAAAUUACGAAAUUUUCGACGGUUGCGCUAUGAACGUUUUGCGUCGGUGGCGUCGCCAUGUGCCGCUAUGCAGCGGGACCACGAGAUGGGUUUUACAGUUUAUGUCGUGAUGCCGAUUGGUGUACAAGCGCAGUUGCAAAUCACGAAUCUUUUAAACGACAUACCUUUUUGUAUCAAUAAAUGUACGAUUUUAGAGCAA